AUGACUUCUGGAAACCUGGGAAUCGUGUUCGCACCUUCGCUAUUUCGUCCAAUCAAUGCUAGUGUCGCUGCCAUUAUGUCCACUCGGUUCGCUUCCACAGCCGUUGAGAUUAUGAUUGACUAUGCGUCUGAUUUCUUUCCACGUCCUCCUUUGCCACUCUCUCUUCCGCCAGUCAUUGGUGGUACUAGUGGAGUUUCUACGCGCAUUCCUGACCCUCCUGGGAUUUACGUGGCACUUUCGAAUCUGGCGUUGCCAACGCUAGCUAAUAAUCCAUCACUUCUUGCAAAUGAAUUGGGAGAAGCUCGUGAGUAA